AUGGUACUGCCUGACGUGGACUUGGACUACACAGUGAACUACACAGUGGACUACACAGUGGACUACACAGUGAACUACACAGUGGACUACACAGUGGACUACACAGUGGACUACACAGUGAACUACACAGUGGACUACACAGUGGACCAAACAGUGGACCAAACAGUGGACUACACAGUGGACUACACAGUGGACUACACAGUGGACUACACAGUGGACCAAACAGUGGACUACACAGUGGACCAAACAGUGGACUACACCGUGGACUACACCGUGAACUACACCGUGGACUACACAGUGGACUACACCGUGGACUACACCGUGGACUACACAGUGGACUACACAGUGGACUACACCGUGGACUACACCGUGGACUACACAGUGGACUACACAGUGGACUACACCGUGGACUACACAGUGGACUACACAGUGGACUACACAGUGGACUACACAGUGGACCAAACAGUGGACCACACCGUGGACUACACCGUGGACUACACCGUGGACUACACAGUGGACUACACAGUGGACCAAACAGUGGACUACACAGUGAACUACACAGUGAACUACACAGUGGACCAAACAGUGGACUACACAGUGGACUACACAGUGAACUACACAGUGGACCAAACAGUGGACCAAACAGUGGACUACACAGUGAACUAUACAGUGAACUACACAGUGGACUACACAGUGGACUACACAGUGAACUACACAGUGGACUACACAGUGGACUACACAGUGGACUACACAGUGAACUACACAGUGAACUACACAGUGAACCAAACGGUGGACUACACAGUGAACUACACAGUGAACUACACAGUGAACCAAACAGUGGACUACACAGUGGACUACACAGUGGACUACACAGUGGACUACACAGUGGACUACACCAUGGACUACACCGUGGACUACACAGUGAACCAAACAGUGAACCAAACAGUGGACUACACAGUGGACUACACCGUGGACUACACAGUGGACCACACAGUGGACUACACAGUGGACUACACAGUGGACCACACAGUGGACUACACAGUGGACCACACAGUGGACCACACAGUGGACCACACAGUGGACUACACAGUGGACCACACAGUGAACCAAACAGUGGACUACACAGUGGACUACACCGUGGACUACACAGUGGACCACACAGUGGACUACACAGUGAACUACACAGUGAACCAAACAGUGGACUACACAGUGGACUACACCGUGGACUACACAGUGGACCACACAGUGGACCACACAGUGGACCACACAGUGAACUACACAGUGAACCACACAGUGAACUACACAGUGAACCAAACAGUGGACUACACAGUGGACUACACCGUGGACCACACAGUGGACCACACAGUGGACUACACAGUGGACUACACAGGCAGUAGAGCACUUAAAUAA